CCGGCUCGUUGUUUCCCAGAGCCGGUGUGUGACUUACGCAUUGCUCAGCACACCGAUUUCUGUUUAUAUCGUGAAUUUUACUCAACUGUUUACAAAACAUUGCGGGGAACAGCCGCGGCUUCGCUUUAGGUUUUAAUGUGAACUCAGAUUUCCAUACCCUGGGACGAAUUGUUGGCUAUAUUUAACUGGAUCACAAGCGGGUUUUCUUCUAUCCGGAUGAGAGGAUCCCUACCGCAUUUUUGUUCCUGCAACGUGGACUUUAAGCUCUACACGGGAGACGGGAGAGUCGCACAAACGGAAUAAAAUCACUGUUGUAAACCAAGAAAAACGAAGAACAAACACGUUAUUGACCUGUGGUGGAUAUACUGAAAGGAAUGCUGCUGUCCAAACUCAAUUCUCUGGCCCACAUCUCCGCCGUAGACAUGCCGGCGAAAAUCCAGCUCCAAGUUCAUCAAGUGAAGGAGAGGGAGGCUUUCGAGAAGCUUUAUCAGGUCGGCGCGGUGCUGGGCAGCGGCGGCUUCGGCACCGUCUACUCCGGUACGAGGAUAGCCGACGGGACUCCGGUCGCUGUCAAACAUGUGGCCAAGGACAGAAUCUCCGACUGGGGAGAGCUGCCUAAUGGCUCCCGGGUCCCUAUGGAGAUUGUGCUGUUGAAGAAAGUCGGGACGGGCAUCCGCGGCGUUAUCAAGAUGCUGGACUGGUUUGAGCGACCGGACAGCUUCAUCAUCGUGAUGGAGAGACCCGAAAACGUCAAGGACCUGUUUGACUUCAUCACGGAGAAAGGUGCCUUGCCGGAGGAGCUGGCGCGGGGCUUUUUCCGCCAGGUGCUGGAGGCCGUGCGGCACUGCCAUAACUGCGGCGUGGUGCACCGGGACAUCAAAGACGAGAACAUUCUCAUCGACCUCCGCACCGGGGAGAUUAAGCUCAUCGACUUCGGCUCUGGAGCUCUGCUGAAAGACACCAUAUACACAGACUUUGAUGGCACAAGAGUGUACAGCCCUCCAGAGUGGAUCAAAUAUCAUCGCUAUCAUGGGCGCUCUGCCACAGUUUGGUCUCUGGGCGUCUUGCUGUACGACAUGGUGUGUGGGGACAUCCCAUUUGAACACGAUGAGGAGAUCACAAGAGGGCAGGUCCUCUUCCGGAGGAGAAUCUCCACAGAAUGCCAGCAGCUGAUCAAGUGGUGUCUGUCUCUGCGGCCAGCCGACCGUCCGUCCUUCGAGGACAUCAUCAACCACUCAUGGAUGCAGAGCACAUCCUCCUCUGUAAUCCCAUCCACAGUGCAGACAGAGAAGACGACCACAGAGAUCAGGCUGCACAGCAUCAGCCACGAGCCCACGGCCUUCACACCCACCCCGUGGCCGUGGCUCGGUGAUGGAGGCAAACAGCUCGCCCCGGACUGCUUUGGUCCGAACUGAACUGCACUGACACAAGAGACUAUUACAAAAGACUUAUGUAACAGACUUGAAGCAGAGGAGGAGGGGGGGGGGGGGGGCAGCGCACAGGCCGACGGUCCCAACACAGGCGAGAGCCAGGUGUUAAGGGACCACGUACAGAAGAGGCCGAGGGCAUGACAAAACCGUCAUCCUUUGGCUCAACCUGGCAGGCCAGGCCCUCCCCACCCCAACUACUUGAUUUUCCCAGUCGUUGGUGUCCGAACAUCAUCCUCGCUGGACUCUGUUCUAGGCAAUGGGUAUUUAGCAGCCUGUAGGAAGGCGGCGUGCUCUGCAUGCAUGGACACCCGCGGUCAGCAAAUACAGUAUACGUGCUCGCUGUUCUGCUGAAUGACAAGCAGGCAGUCUGAGUUAUGUAACCUCUCGCUACACUGGAUUCUGUUCUCUCCCUCUGUUCUCUCUGUCACAGUAGAGUGGGAAGAGCGGAGGUGCUGGCGAAGAGGAGUGUGACUUUCAAAAAGUGCCUUCUGUGAGAUUGUUGGGGGACCCUGAAAAUACUUGAAUUUGUGAAAGCAAAAAUGGCUCGUCUUCUCGACAACCUUUUUGCCCCUUACUCUGUACAAGGCUUUAUAUUGUUUAUUUCAAUUUUUUCCUCUCAUGGGCCUAGAUCAGUAAAGCCUAUGCCAUUUACAACCACUACUAUCACUACUUAUACUACUCCAAUGUCAUUAGCAACCAGACAACCUCAUUGCUCUGGCAGCAACCUGUGCAAACACAUCAUAAAAACAGAAACACUGGACUCACCUCACUCUCUUUACUACAACAUCCACCUCUACAACCUACGCUUCCUCCUCUUCUCGUGUUGUACUGUAUACAAACACACGUUUUAGGCAAACGCUCGUUCACAUCCACCUGAAUGCACACCACAAUGCAAACUUAACCACACCGAAAUGCAACACUCUCUGCUCUCCACUUAAAUUUUUUUUAUGUUUAAACAGUGCCUCACACAGGUCUUACAAUUCGGUGGGGACAAGAAUUGUAAAUAAUAAUGAUAUUUAUUAUUGCUGUGACUUCUUUCUCAAACUCAAUGAGCGCAGAAUUUAUUUAUUUUAUUUAUGAGAGAAUUUUGGCUGCACAUAUACGUAUUUCAUUCCACAGUCACUGAAGGGCCCACAGAUUAUUUAAAAGAAAAAAAGAUGCGAUUAAUUUUUUUGACCAAAUUUAUGGCUUGAAAUUUUAAAAGAGCAGAUGUGUGUGUGUAUGUUUGUGUAUAUAAUGUAAAUAAUGUGUAAAUAGUCCCGAAAGUACUUCCAUCUUAAUGUAUCUAAACAUUGAAUGUCUACUGAUGGUAACUGGUUUGUUUACGUUGUAUGUUAGAACCUAUUUUUAUACGAUUUCAAUAAAUAUUUUUUUAACUAUGA